CCCUCCGUCUGCUCGGCUUCUUUUCUUUCUCCCUCUGUAGAUCUCUUUUCGUCCCCAGCUCGUUUACUUUAUUUAGACUCCUCUUCUUCGACAUGCUGCUCACGUGAAGCCCGCCAACUUGCCGACCCAGUGGAUAGCCCUUCGCGUGCAAAACAAACAAAAGCAGAAACAAAAAAAAGGCAAAUGCAACAACCGGGGAAUAAGAGGGGAAACUACGCACGUUAGCAUCUUUCAUUGAGUGCCUUGGCCUGAACGGAGCAACAGUAUGGAUCUGUCUUUCAUGGCUGCGCAGAUCCCGGUAAUGACGGGAGCCUUCAUGGACUCCUCGCCAAAUGACGACUACAGCGGUGAGCACUCACUCUUCAACUCAUCAGCCAGCGUCCACGCUGCUGCCUCGGCCGCAUCAGUACACGGACAACCAGACGAGUCGCAGUCCAUGUCCAGCGAUGCCAUCUGGCUCUGGAUUGCCAUAAUUGCCACCAUUGGAAACAUUGUUGUGGUUGGAGUUGUCUACGCCUGCACUUUCUGAUGUAUGGUUGCUAACUAAGACGGAUGCACACCUACACAUUCUGGACACAGAAGUGGUGCCAGUUUUUGGAGACAAACUAUCUCCGUGUCUCUCUCUCUUUCUCUCUCUCCCUCUCACCUGGCUUUUAGAUCAGUUUUGGCCCCUGAGGGUGUGGAAGUAGAGGAACUAGACAAUGACACAUAGACUUCUAUACUUCUUCAUCACAGGGAGGGACUGGGACUUGGCUGCAGUCGUUGGCAUCAGAUGCUACAAAUGGAAGCUCGAGAGGAGAUUUUUGUUUAUAACAUCUCUUUAGUUAAAAACAGAAACCUGCGCCUUCAAGCAAGAAAUAAAUGAACUUUGUUCUUUUUUUUCCCCUCCUAAGUUUGUUUCCAUGUUUCUCCUCAGACAACACCCUCACUUGUGAUGCAGAGAUGAGAACAAGGAUUAAAUGGGGCUUAAGAUUCGGGUUGAUCCAGGCCAUCUCAAAAACUUCCACCAGAUAGUUUCAAAGCAAUUUAGGGCAGAGCUGUUUAAUUAUGCGGCUGAACAGAGAUGGUGAAUGUUAAAACAUUUAGAAAGUACUGGGAUUACUUACAAGAGAGGCAGCCCAGAGCUGCACCAUGUUGGAGCUCAUUUCAGGACUAAUCUGUGAAUCAAACACAAGUUGGACACUGACCCUGGAGGUAGAUACUGUGUUUUUAAACAACUUACCAACAGGAAAGCAUUGACUAUCAUUAAAUUCCCUGAAGUAUACAUAUAAAGUCCAACAAAGGCUGUUUCUCUGAUGUUUACUUCAUCAUACAUAAUGGAUGAUGACUUUAUUAUUAGAUAUGUAGAGGAAAAACUAAGGCAAACAGAUAAAAUCAGUGGUUUUAUUCUUACCUGGAAACUCAAACCGUAUUGUCAUGAUCUGUUUAGUUAUGUUUGGAUAUAAUCUACACAUGCCAACAUUAUACAAUUAAAGCACAAAUUUAAAAGCAGCCUACUUAACUAACUGCACCUUGUUAAUGUUUGUAGUUUUUUUUCAAAGAGCAACUAAACCCCAGAGUUUCAGCUGAGGUGCACCCUAGAAUAAAGAAAAUCAGCCACAACAUCCAUACAGUCUAUCCUGCUUUUGUGGGAUUGAUUAUGAGACAUGAUGUCAUAACUAUCUAAGGUAGUCUUAACUGCAGUUUCAGACUGGAUGUGUGUAAUCCUGCUUGCAGCUGCCAUGCGUCUGCAUCACAACUACACCCGGCUCCAACAGAAGAUAGAAUCUGAAUAUUUUUCAACCAAAUAUACAAACCCCAGUCCAAAAAGUUGGGAUAUUAUAUAGAAUAUGGAUUAAAAACAGAAUACAGUGAUUUACAAAUUCUUCUUAUUUUCCAUUACGAAACCAAGACAAGAUAUUUCAUGUUUAAAGAGGGGAACUUUAUUGUUGUAAUGGAAGUUUACACAUUAUCUGAAUGCUUGCAGCAUGUUCCAAAAAAGUUGGGACAGAAGCAUGAAAAGGCUAGGAAAGUUGUGGGAUGUCAAAAACAGAGGAAAAGCCAACAUCUCUGAUGGUGUGUGGAUGUAUUGGUGCACAUGCUAUGGGCCACUAACUUGCACAUCUGUGAAGGCAACAUUUAUACCAAGAGGGAUAUAAGGAGUUCAGAGCAAGAUAUGCUUCCAUCCAGAUUCAUCAAGACCAUGCCAAGCCACACCAGGUACAACAGCAUGGCUUCACAGUAAAAGAGUGGGGUAGAUCGGCCUACAUGCAGUCCAGACCUAUCUCCCAUUAAAAAUGUGCGGUGCAUUAUGAAGCAUGACAACAUAAACCCUGCACAAUUUAGCGACAUAAGAUGUCCAGUACUAUGCAGAACUUUUGGGCAUGUGUGAGCCAAAAAUUGCACGUUGAAGUAAAGUGUGAAUGGUGAGUAAGCUCUCCCUAAGGCACUGUCAGGUGGGAAGGAGGAUUGACACACCAAUGAGCAUGGGAAAAUAAUCUGUUGAGAACAAUAACAUGCCCAAGCCUUUAGGGUGAAGUAAGGCACGCGUUUCCACAAUCUUGGACACAGAUUUUUUUUCAGGUUGCUAAACAAGUUGGGACAUUUAUGUCUGCAGUACACAUUAUAACCACAUGAGAAAGCUCCCCCCCAUAACACUCACCCUCUUCAGUAUUAUAAAACACAAAACAAGGCUCUACCAGCCAAUGGAUGGCAAAAGAGCUAAAGUCAAAGUCGUGGAUGCUUUGGCUAAUAAAAGAGAAACUCAUAAAUCCAGACCAGAUGGCUAGAGAGCAGGCAAAGAAAGCCUAUGUGACAGUGGUUAAGUGGCCUUUUCCAGGCUCAUAUAAUGGAAAGUGCCAGAUCAGGACCAGAUUGAGUCCAGAAUUAAUGUCCAAGCUAGCACCAGUCCUCAGUUUAACCAACCAGCCGAGGAUGGUGCAGAAAGUUGACUUGAUAAGCAAUAACGUUCAGCGAAUGAAGUUGGUGGGUCACAAUGGCUUUUACUUUUUAAAAAGUGUGUCACUGGUAAAAAGUUUGGGAAAAACUGGAGUAAGAGAUGGAUAUGGAGAGUAAGCAUGGACUAGGGUACCGUCCGGGCAGGUUAUUGAGUUGCCAUGAGCCCCUGGUCGUGCUGUAGAUGUCCCAAAACCUUAAAACUUGUAUUACCAGGGGUGAAAAAAGGCCUGGACAAAAGAGUUGCAGUCAAACUUGACUUUGGGUGCCAAGCAACACAUGUUAGUCUGCAUUUCACAAAGCUGACUCUGGCAACACCCACCAGACCUCAAGCCCCAAAUUUGGCACAUCAGGCCAUUUGAUGAAUCCUUAACACCCUUCAUGUCUAAAACGUAUGCACAUGACUGUACAUGAAGUAGGAAUGGGAAAAAAAUCCACUUUUGAUACUUCAACAAUUACUGUCUUCAGUGUCUAGAUGCUUACAGAGCGUGAGAAAAGGUGAUGUAAGAUAUAAGCUGCUGUCCCAGGUUUUUUGGAACAUGUUUGCAGGCAUUCAAAUUUUACACAACAUCCUGGAACUGGAAUUGAUCAACAACAGUGAUAAAUACCCGAUUCAUAAGUUUUCAGCUGAAGUGGCUUUGGAGUUUAGUUUCUCUUUAAAGACGGUAUUUCUCACUCUAAGAUCCUGAUGCUACAGAAAUGUAAAGGCAGACAUGGCAGACCUCCAGAGAACAAACUAAUGUGUAUACUAAUGUGAGAGCAGAAAGGAUGCCUUACUUUAAAUGAGAUUUUGUUUGAAGCUGUCCCCCUUAAUUUGUCUCCGUUUGGUAAAUUAACUUCCUGUUACCGUGGAAUCUGGAGGCAGUUGUCUCCAUGGCAACUAAUCCUCCACCUAAUUGGGAGCAACGACUUUUACUCUGAGACUCAGCAUUAACCUGCAGUCACACGGCUCUUUAUUCUGAGCAUUUAAAUCACAGAAAAACACCACACUGCAUUUACACAAGUGUUGCUUCUGGUAGCCUUUGAAUGUGGUUUGUGCUUUGCUUACACUGUUUGAUUUAGAAAGCAGCAAACAUAGGAGAGUUAAUAAAAAUGUUAAUGCCUUUUUGAAGAUGAAUAUAAAGUCAAUAUGUUUAGUUCUGACUAUUUUAUAUAGUAAUACAGAAGAGAUAAAAAGGAAGCUUUACUAUCAGUAAUGACCUGAUGGGAUUUAAAAGGUAUACUAUCAAUGUACUUUAGGAUGAAUAUAUAAAGCUUUUCUGUAAACACUCUACAUAUUUAAACACUGUGAGCUACAAUAUGAGCUCA